AUGGUGGAGUCCCGGGCGGCGGCUGUGCAGGAGCUCCGGGAGAGGUUCGCGGCGGGGCAGACGAGGCCGGCGGAGUGGCGGGCGGCGCAGCUGCGAGGGGUUCUGCGGAUGGCCACGGAGAUGGAGGCGGAGAUAUGCGACGCCCUCCACGCCGACCUCGGCAAGCCCAAGACCGAAGCACACGUCCACGAGCUAUCUCUGAUCAAGUCGUCGUGCUUGUUUGCCUUGAAGAAUCUCAAGAAAUGGAUGAAACCCCAGAAGGUUCCUGCAAAGCUCAUGAGUUUCCCCUCGACGGCGAGGAUUACGCCAGAGCCCCUCGGCCUCGUGCUCGUCAUCUCCGCCUGGAACUACCCUCUCUUGCUGUCCCUGGACCCGGUCAUCGGUGCGAUCGCCGCCGGCAACGCCGUUGCGCUGAAGCCGUCUGAGGGGGCACCAGCCAUGUCGUCGCUGCUGGCUGAGCUGCUGCCGCGGUUCGUCGAUGGCACCUGCAUCAAGGUCAUCGAGGGCGGCGUCAAGGAGACCACCGCGCUCCUAAACCACAAGUGGGACAAAAUCUUCUACACAGGCAACAGUAGAGUCGGACGCGUCGUGAUGGCCGCAGCGGCGAAGCAUCUGACGCCGGUCGUCUUGGAGCUCGGCGGCAAAUGCCCGGUGGUUGUCGAUUCAAACGUCGAUCUCCACAUUGCUGCCAAGAGGAUCGCUGCUGGCAAGUGGGGUUGCAACAAUGGCCAGGCCUGCAUUGCUCCUGAUUUCAUCAUAACCACACAGGCUUUUGCCCCAAAGCUGCUCGAGUCUUUAAAGAAAGUUUUGGAGAAGUUCUACGGGAAGGAUCCACUGCUAUCAGCGGACUUGUCCCGCGUCGUGAAUGCCAGCCAUUUUGGCAGGCUCAAGGGCUUGAUGGACGAAGAGAUGGUCUCCGACAAGAUCGUGUUCGGCGGUCACAGGGAUGAACAGCAGCUGAAGAUCGCCCCUACAAUAUUCCUAGAUGUCCCUCUCGAUUCCGCCAUCAUGAAGGAGGAAAUAUUCGGGCCCUUGCUUCCGAUCAUCACGGUUGACAAGAUCCAUGAAAGCUUUGGUCUCAUCAACUCAAUGGCUAAGCCACUUGCAGCUUACCUCUUCACCAGGGACAGUGAGCUCCAGAACCAGUUCGAGGGGGCCAUUUCUGCAGGAGGAAUGCUCUUCAAUGACACCAGCAUACAUCUCACAAACCCAUACCUGCCAUUUGGAGGAGUUGGGGAGAGCGGCACAGGCUCCUACCAUGGGAAGUUCAGCUUUGAUGCUUUCAGCCACAGGAAGGCAGUCAUGAACCGAGGCUUCGCCGGGGAGGCCAGGGCUAGGUACCCGCCCUACUCGGCACCAAGGCUCAAGAUCCUCAAAGGAGUGCUUGAAGGCAAGCUGGGAGACAUGAUUCAGGCUAUCCUGGGGUUCCCAAGAGGGAAAUGA